AGGAUGAUAUUCGCUGUGGAUUUUUCACAGAUGGAUUUUAUGAACUUGAAGAAUGUUCCCUCUAUCCCUAUACUCUGAAGAGUUUUAAUCAGGAAAGGAUGCUGUAUUUUGUCAAAUGCUUUUUCUGCAUCAAUUGAGAGGACCAUAUGGUUCUUCUCUCUCCUCUUAUUAAUAUGUUCUAUCACAUUGGUUGCUUUGCGAAUGUUGAACACCCUUGCAUCCCGGGGAUAAAUCCCACUUGGUCGUGGUGGAUGAUCCUUUUAAUGUAUUGUUGGAUCCUAUUAGCUAGGAUUUUGUUGAGGAUUUUGGAAUCCAUAUUCAUCAGGGAUAUCUGUCUGAAAUUCUCCUUUUUGAUGGGGUCUUUGCCUGGCUUGGGGAUUAGGGUAAUGCUGGCCUAGAUGAGAAGUUUAGACGGAGGUUUAUCCUACUCUCCCUUGCUCAGGAGGAGCAGAGGGUGCCUCCCGAGGCUGCUGGGAGGUUAAUAAUGCUUUGAAAAGUAAGAGGGCUAUUGAGAUUGACCCAUCUUUUUGUUCUGAUUGAUUCAAGACCCCAAAGGGAGCCAGUCACCUGUUCACAGUCACCUCUCCACUCCCAGCACAGCUCCUGGGCUUUUCACAACCCCUCUACAGGGGUGACAGCUAGGCCAGGGCUACAAGUGGCCAGAGGCUGUGUGAUGGAAGCAGCUGUCCCCUCACUCGGUGGCCCCAGGACUCUAGGGCCUGGGAGUAGGGAGAAGCUUCAAGGUGGAGUAAGGAUGCAGACCUAGACCUCCCCCUCUCACCCCAGCAUUUAAGGGCCCGAGUCCUCCUCCAUGACACCUGCCUAACCAGGGACUUCCCGGCACAGGAAAAUGUGGCCAUACUAAAUUCUGGUGCUGUGCUGAGCAUCUUCCGGGGAAAAUGGAAGAGCAAAGUGAGGCUCUGAUUUGAACACUCAGGUUUAAACAUCUCCCCUGUCUGCAGCACUCAUACCUAACUGCCAAGCUAUGCUGUCCCUCUCAGAAAAAUCUAGAGCUUUGUCUUUGGCGUCUGUCUCUAUCUUCCCUGUUCUGUGUUCCCUCAUCCUUCAACUGAGAGCCAAUCCAUUCAUUCAGCAAACAUUGAGCACCACAGUGUAACAGGUAGCACUGUGAAAGGGGCUCCUGCUUUGCACGGGGGGACACAGGCAGGUACCUCGGUAUUCUGUCUUUCCCUCAUCUUCACAGAUAAUCCAAUCAACACCUUGGCACUGAAUUGUAAUAAAUGACAAUGCAUAAAACAUUGAUGCUCCAUGCAGGCAGUUAGCAAAGUAGCCAACCUCCAAUUGUAACUCCUCAAGAAUCUCUCUGAGAAGUAUUUGGGAGCUGCCAGCUCUGCCCACAGGUAAGAUCAGGCUUUUCCAGACCAUCUGCUUGCACCUCAAACUUCCCGCAGCCUGUCCCUGACUCCAGGCUCCCCUGGAGCUGAGAAGCCUGAGCCGUGGUAGAAAGAAGCUGCCUUUGCCUCCACUUUGGGAUCACAAGAUUCUCUAUCCAGGUGACCAUUUUAAUAGGCCCCCUGCCAUCCAGGAGACUGCCGAAUGAUUGCAACAGGUCAACCUCACUCCUAGGCAAAGAUGCAAGACUCCCCAAGACUAUGCAGUGUGCCGGUGUAAAGAGAGAAGCAGAAGUAUUUGGUCAACACACCUGAAGGAAGAAUUUGGUUUGGUGAAGAAUAGUGCUGCAGAGAAAACAUAAAGCUAUUUAUACGUUCACUGGUCAUUGUCAAAGUUUCAGGUGCUGAGAAUACAGUGAUGAAUAAGAUACUACCCCUGUCCUCAAGGAGUUAAAUCUGCAGUGAGAAGACAGACUAGAAAACAGAUUACAAGAUAAUAUGGGGAAGCUGAGCCCAGAGCUACAUAUACAGGUUAUCUUAUCAAAAUGUAUGGACAUAAAGCAAUCUGAAGGAAAUUCAAGACCACAGAAUUUACUGACUGAAGCACAUUAUACUGUUCAUAACAAGAAUAAGAGUAUUUGGAGAAAGACCUUUUUAUUCUGCGAAAUCGUGAUGGAAGCAGAGGAACACCAACAGCCACGGAAGACAGCCUUUUACUCAGAAUUACCUAAAGUGGAACUUCAUGCCCACCUGAAUGGAUCCAUUAGUUCUAAUACCAUGAAGAAAUUGAUAGCCAAGAAGCCAGGUCUUAAAAUCCACCAUCAGAUGACUAUGAUUGACAAGGGAAAGAAAAGAACUUUAGAAGAAUGUUUCCAGAUGUUUCAAAUUAUUCAUCAACUUACUACUAGCCCUGAGGAUAUUCUAAUGGUCACAAAAGAUGUCAUUAAAGAAUUUGCAGAUGAUGGUGUCAAGUACCUGGAACUAAGGAGCACACCUAGAAGAGAAAAUGCUACAGGAAUGACUAAAAAGGCUUAUGUGGAAUCUGUACUUGAGGGCAUAAAACAGUCCAAACAAGAAAACAUAGACAUUGAUGUUAGGUAUUUGAUAGCAAUCGACAGAAGAGGUGGCCCUUCAGUAGCCAAGGAGACCGUUAAACUUGCUGAAGAGUUCUUCCUCUCUACUGACAAUACAGUUAUUGGCCUUGACCUCAGUGGAGACCCUACUGUAGGACAGGCAAAAGACUUCCUGGAACCUCUUUUAGAAGCUAAAAAAGCAGGCCUGAAGUUGGCAUUGCAUCUUUCAGAGAUUGCAAACCAAAAAAAAGAAACACAAGUACUUCUGGAUCUGCUUCCUGACAGAAUUGGGCAUGGGACAUUUCUCAACUCCUCUGAGGGAGGAUCCCUGGAUCUGGUAGACUUUGUGAGGCAACACCAGAUACCACUGGAACUCUGUUUGACCUCAAACAUCAAAAGUCAGACAGUUCCAUCUUAUGACCAGCAUCAUUUUGGAUUCUGGUACAGCAUCGCCCAUCCAUCUGUGAUCUGUACUGAUGAUAAGGGUGUUUUUGCAACACACCUUUCUCAAGAGUACCAAUUGGCAGCUGAAACAUUUAAUUUGAACCAGUCUCAGGUGUGGGAUCUGUCUUAUGAAUCCAUCGACUACAUCUUUGCUUCUGACAGAACCAGGUCUGAACUGAGGAGGAAGUGGAAUCAUCUGAAACCCAAAGUGUUACAUUUUUAAGCUGCCCUGAGGUGAACUACUUUUGAGUAUGCGUUGCAACCAAGAUCUUCCUGCCUUAUCACACUUAGUGAACUGUCCAUCCCUCCCUCUGAAGCACUGCAGCCAGGUACCAGGGGCUCCAUCACCAGCACCUUAUUCAGGGCCGGUGCUCAGUAAAUGUUUUAAACUGACUGGCAGGCUCUGAGGUCUUACAGAGUUUACCUCCGUGCUGCUUACUGGAAGGGACUUGAAAGUGGCUGCUAACUAAACUCCCCAUUCCACCAGAGAUUUGACUUAACAGUCCCUCUCCAUUAGUGAUCAUAAAACUUCAGGAAAAUCAAAGGAGUUUCUAAUCAGGAAAAGUUUUGGAAUAACUAGCCUAAAGAUGAGAAGAGGGAAAACAAAUUGCCACCAAACCUUUAAGCCUUGUAACUUGUGACAGCAGCGCUCUGUAUUUUGUUUUGCUUGUUUUACUCAAACUCCCUUAAGUAUUCCCCAAAACUUGACUCCAGGCUAUACUGCAUACCAUGGAUUUUUGUGAAUACCCAGUAGUCAGGGUUAAUCUACUUUGGAAGACCCUAGUGACAGACAAAACUAGCUUCUGAGAUCUGGCUUUGCCCCUCUCAUGAUUAAUCCCCCUGGAAUCAAGGUGGUGGGUUUUUUUUAAAUGUUCCUACCUUACCCUUCUGUUCUUUUGAUCAUAAUGGAGCUAUACCAACCAGACACUUCUUGAGGUCUAAGGUACUUUAGGCUUCUACUUCCUGCCUUUAAUCUGACUUCCAGUUGUUCCAAAGUUUUGUUUCUGAAAGAGCACUAUGGUGGAUGUAGGAGUAAUUUAAGCUCCUAACUAAAAUAUAUCCAUAUAACAUGUUACUUUAAGCACCAUGGUAUCAGAGAAUAGAUACCAUUUUAUGUCUAAACUUUGAUAUGCAUCUCACUGGAUAGUUGAGUAUAUAGGAGUAAAGUUUUCAUUUUAGAUUUUGAAUGAAUGAUGGAAGAAUUGACUGCUCCUAUCUCAGCUUCCCUUUCCUACCUGGUCACCAUAAAAAUAGUUCUCUACAGAGUUGAUAAGACUCAGCCUCCAUAUUCUGAUUAUAGUAAAAGAGAAAUGGCAGCAACACAGAAAAUAUAUGUUAUUAAGUUCUGUAGCACUGGCCAUAGCCAAGCAAUAAAAGGAAGAAUGUGGGGCACCUGGCUGGCUCAGUCAGUGGAACGUGCAACUCUUGAUCUCAGGGUCGUGAGUUUGAGCCCCACACUGGGGGUAGAGUUUAUUUAAAAAAAAAAAAAAGGUGGGGCACCUGAAUGAUUCAUUUAGUUAAGUGUUUGACUCUUGGUUUUGGCUCAGGUUAUGAGCUCAGGGUCCUGGGAUCGAGCCCCACUUGGAGGGCUGCAUCUGGCUCCGCACUUAGCAGGGAGUCUGCUUGAGAUUCUCUCCUUCUCCUCCCUCUGCCCCUCUUCCCUGUUCCCACAUGUGCACUUUCUCUCUCUAAAACAAAUCUUGAAAAGAAAUGAUAGUGUGGGGAAAAUGAAGAAAAAGAAGUAACAGCAUUAGGAAACAACUGAUGGGGAUAUGAUUGUCCAGCUCCUCCUAAUACAUCCUUCCUUUGCUAUACAGGUCACUCAGUCUGUCCCCACAGAGGUCUUAUGAGUAUUAAAAUGGUAGGGUGCACAGAUCCUCUUGCUCCACCUACAGUGGCCUUGGUUUCUCUUAGAAUGUUUGAAGACUAUUUCUUGCUUCUUCCAUCCUCCGCAAUGGCAGACUGGGUAGCAGAAAAUGGCUUGUUAAGCUAGUUUGAGAAGAAAUGGGCUUUCCCAAGUAAGAGAGUUUGCCUUUGCCCUAUUCAUUAUGUACAUUCUCUUCAUCUGGAGGAUGGUGGGGGGAGAGGAGGCUGGUCUUGGGUCUUUUAAAGUAAGACUUACUCUCCAUGCCCAGUUAUGACAGGUCCUAAUGCACUGUCCUAAUGGAUACAGAUAUAGAUAUCAUGUAAGGAUUUUCAUUCUAAUUUCUCUUUUACCACAUCCUAAUUUGUUUCUCAGUCUAGAACAUAAAGAUUCAAACAGGCAUACUUCAAGUGAGGCCACACAGGGAACCAAAAAAGCAGGUAAAAAUUUAUCUUUUCCUAGUAGCAACAACUUAAUAAUUUGCACAUGUAUAUUUGGGGAGGGGAAAAACCACGUGAAGAAACACUGGGUACUUUAUAGACAUAAUUUUUAUUAACAUGGUAUCCCUGAGAGGCAGAUUAAGAUGUAAACAUUAUUCUGCUUUACAGAAAGGGAGAUGGAAACAGGUGGACUUACACACAAGACAUCUGGAACCAGAAUUCAUAUCUGCUGAUACCCCAACCAGUGCUUUUUACACACAACUUUCCAUAAAUAUACUAAAGACAGUAGUCUCUCAUAUUAAAAAACACACAUUUAAAAACACACUUACUAAACCAUCUCAGAUCCUGAGGCACUGCUUUAGACUAGUGUUUCUUCUAUCUUCCUGUCUGCUUAGGCCACAUAAUUGAGACACGAUCUCUCCUAAUAAAUGUUAGGAGAUUCUUUGUAGUAGGAUCCCUCAACACAAGAACCCUAAUCAACCUCUCAUCUAACACAGCAGGCUAUGAAUUACAGAAUAUUCUAUCUCCCCACUUCUCUUUGAUAUCUCAUUCCAGCCACAGGACUGAUUAAAUGUGAGUAUGAAACAGCUACUUAUCCCAUGCCUUGGCCAUCUGUUCACAUUCCUCCUUCCUCAGACCUGCCCACUGAAGCAUCUUCUCAAGGUAUUAAUUUCUGACCUUUGUCUCCCAUAGGAGCUAGUCUCCUAAACUGCUCAUUCUUCUUCCCCAGUACAAGCUGGCUCUUUCAUCAAUAAGUACAGCACAGUAUCUGAUUUAUUAUAGGUGGAUGGGACCACCACCUCCUGAUCUGCCUCUGGCACUCCAUGUUCCAAUGAAGGCAGUUCUCCGCCUUGUGCAUAGCCGAGAUCAUACUAUUCCUCAGAUUUCGUGCUGCUCCAAGCUUUAUCUAACUUUCCUUACAGUCUGCCUUUUGCCCUCGGCUCCAUCUGCAUAAAACACCUUGCUCUCCAAUUUUCCCAUUUCUCACCCACUCAGCACCCAGUUUUGUGAUUAGUUUUGGAGAGUUCAUCCCACCCUAAUUUUCCCGGUAACUUUCCUUCCUUUGAACGCUUGCUGUUUCAUGAAGCCUUUCUGAAUAAAGAGAAGAAAAUACCUCCCAGAUUUUUCUUAUAGAAAACUAUAAUGCAUUAGACCUGAACAUUUAUGCAGAAUGUUACUACAUUUCUAGAUUUCUCUAAAACUGCUGCAGCUCUACAUGUGCAUUUAUUAUUUGUCCAUGUCAGUGUCAUCUGUUUUAGAUUGUAAGAACAAGGACAGAGUCUGUUUACCUUGUGCUGUAUAGGGCUCAUCACACUACUAUGAAUAGAUGGGCAAUUAAUUCAAUACUAUUUGAUUAUGCAGAUCAGAAUUACACUUGUGUUUGAAGAACUUUUAAAAAUAGAUCUAUGAGUAUGUGCACAUGCACGUGUGUGAGUACUGGCAACUUCAGUGACCAAAGAUAAUCUGUCCUCCUUGCCAUUAGAGUAAAGAGUUGGCACAGAGUGGUCUGUUUCCUAAUCCAUGGGUACGUGGCAGUAGUUUCUGCUCAAUGCAGGUUAGUAUUGAGCGCCCAUGGGGUGCUGUAUAACACUAAACUAGGUGUUUGGAGCGUGUGGAAUGCAGACAAUCCCCUAUUGGCAGCUUUAACUGCCUUCUCUCAUAUCAACAUAUCCAGCUGGCUUGCUCUUUGCACUACUGGACCAGAAGGGACAGAUGAAAUUCAGAUGAGACGGAACAGAAGAAAAAAAACCAAACUAGAUGCUCUAAAUAUAUUAUUCUAUUCCAGAUCUUCUAGGGCUUAGAAAAAAUUAAGAAAUCCAGGGUUCACACCUCAGUAUUUAUAUAAGAUUUACACUGUUCCCCAUAUAGAACACCUAGGCUUUUGACAAGAUGAUUCAUAGGUCAGAACCAAGAUGGAUAUUAAACUCUCCUUUAAGGUAAAUGAAGAGUGUGCAUGACAAAUGUCAUUGUGAGCACAGGCUUAUGUGAACAGGAAAUGCCACUUUUUUGCAUUUCCAUUAUUGUAUAAAGAGCUAGACCCACUCAGAAAAGUCUCACAACUUCUCCCUGAAAUGCUGCUGUGAUAGGUUUUUCCAGUUGAAAUGCAGCUGAAUAAUAGGAUAAAUAAAUACAUGGGAUCUACUACUGCGUCCUCUCUAUUAAGGGAACAACAUAGGCACUGGGAGGUAAAGGUCGUAUCUGUCAUUUCCAGUGAAGGCAAGGAGAGGGACUGAAAUCUUCCUUUCAUUCUUAAGAUGACUACCUUAGGAAUUCAUAGAUCCAGGAAAAACAUGGGAACAGAGUGGGAUAAAUCUUAGAGUGUUUCCUAAGCUAGUUGGGCAGGGAAUAGGAGACCAUCACUAUUAGAUGCCUUUUUCAAAGAAUUUCAAUGCAUUUAUCUUUUCUUUAAAUUCUCAGGGGCUUACUUAGGUGCUGACUGUGACAGAAGUUUUUCUCGUGUAUGGAUCUCUCGGUGCUUAUUAAGAGCGGAGCUUUUACUGAAGCACUUGCCACAGUCAUGACACCCAUAGGGUUUCUCUCCUGUGUGGGUCCUAUGAUGUGCACGUAAGUCAGAACUCUUACUGAAACUCUUUCCACAGUCAGGACACACAUGGGGUCUCUCUCCUGUGUGUAUCCUCCGAUGUGCACUGAAAUGAGAACUAUUGUUGAAGCUUUUUCCACACUCUUCACAUUGAUAGGGCUUUUCUCCUGUGUGGGUUCUCUGAUGAAUUAUAAGGCUUGAGCUCUGAUUGAAGCGUUUUCCACACUCACCACAUUGAUACGGUUUUUCUCCUGUGUGGAUUCUUCUGUGGGUGAUGAAGUUUGAACUGUCACGGAAACUUUUCCCACAGUCAAGACACUUAUAAGGUUUCUCUCCAGUGUGGAUUCUCCGGUGUCUAAUGAGGCGUGCACUCCGACUGAAGCUUUUCCCACAAUCAGCACAUUUAUAUGGAUUUUCCACUUGAUGAGAUAUCUGAUGCAUGAGGUGGGAGUUGGGACCAAAGCUUUUGCUGUAUCUGAGAUAUUUACAGGGUCUCUCUCCCAAGUAAGGACUCUGAUGAUUUAGAACUUUACCUAAACUCCUCUCUGGGGGUGUUGGUUUUCCUCUUCUCUCCCCUGGGGUCUUUUCCCACUGUUGUCCUGAUCUACAUUCACUCUCACCACAUUUACCCUGAGUAAGAUGCCGGGAAACUUUCCUUUCAGACCUUGCAAGUAAUGUUCUAUGUAGUUGUACUUCUUCAGAAAUAUCUCGUUUUAGAUUCUCUUCAUUAUCAAAUCCAGCCUCAAAACCUGAUAUAAGAAUAGAAUUUUAAAGGUUAUCCAUUUCCUCAAUAUUAUGUGCUGGGGGUAAGGGAAGUAUCACAUUACAUGAUUAAAGAUAAAAAUUAGGGAGCACUAGAUCCCAAAUGACUACUAUCAAUUAGAAUUCCAAUGUUUUUACUCCUCUACUUAGUAGCCUAUCACGUGCUUCUCAUCUGUUAUAGGGGCUGAUUAGUACAUUCAUGUAACUCUUCCUGGAUACCCAUGAUCUUCAGAAAACCUCUCAGAAGGAAAACCUACCAGAUUUAAGGUAGGCCCAGGAAAACUCUGAGAAACUUCUAUAUCCAAAAAGAGCUAUAUGAGUUCCCUUCCUCUCAAAUUCCAAUAUAUGCUGAGAAUAAAAACAGGGUAGGAAAAUAUUUGGUGUCUUUCAAAGAACAGAAGGCCUUCUGAGAGAUAAAUUUUAGAAAGUAUCUCCCUAAAACAUUGUCUCUUCCAUGGAAAAAUAAUCAUUAAAUGUUCCCAAAGCACUACUCCAAUGCUCAAGCUAACCGAUUUCUUCUAAGAACCAAAUGCCAGGCUCCCCAGGCCCAGGCUAUGUGAAUUUGCAGAUACUUGGCAAAUUAUCAGUUUGCAAAUUGACUUUGAAUUUGCAGAAUUUUCAGAUGUUUCAGACAAAUUCUGGAUCCCAAAUUCCCUGGACUAAAUCUGAGAACAAAGGAAUACUGAGCGUCAGCCUGUUUAUGGCCCCCUAAAGACAGUGUUUCUAUCCAGAAGCCCAGUCUUAUAAGAUGCCCCCAGGAAAUAGAGAUUUGUUAGAUUCAAUGAAAUCUCAGAACCUUAAAUAUGUGAGUAUGUAUUGUGAGCCUCCAAGGAGGGUAAUUUAGCAUUUCCUAAACCUAGAAGCCAUUUUUUAGUGGAACAUAUUAAUACCUCCAUGGAACUGAUGCUCCGUGGAACACCCUUGAAGAAUGCGGAUCUAAAGAA